AGUGCGGAAGAAGGCGAGCACCGAAACCCGAAAGGCUGAAGUUGUACUGGCGAGUUUUGCCUCAUCUAGCUGCUUGUUUUGCGGACUGACCGUGAGGAUUUGAUCGUGAAAUUGUUGAAUUCUCGAAGAGUCGACCGAAGAUGCCGAGCAUGGACAAACACCUCUUCAAUCUAAAGUUCGCCGCCAAAGAACUCCAAAGAAAUUCCAAGAAAUGUGACAAAGAGGAAAAAGCGGAGAAGGCUAAAGUCAAGAAAGCCAUCCAGAAGGGGAAUAUGGACGUGGCGAGGAUCCAUGCAGAGAACGCCAUUAGACAGAAGAACCAGUCUGUGAACUUCCUGAGGAUGAGCGCUCGGGUAGACGCAGUGGCAGCAAGGGUUCAAACUGCAGUUACGAUGAACCAGGUCACAAAAUCUAUGGCUGGAGUGGUGAAAGGCAUGGAUAUGACUCUCAAGUCUAUGAAUCUGGAAAAGAUUUCUGCUCUCAUGGACAAAUUUGAACACCAGUUUGAAACUCUGGAUGUCCAGACAGCCCAUAUGGAAGACACCAUGAGCAGCACAACCACACUCACGACACCACAGAAUCAAGUGGAAUCAUUAAUGCAUGAAAUGGCGGAUGAAGCAGGAUUGGACCUGAACAUGGAGCUCCCCCAGGGCCAGACAGGAUCAGUGGGUACCAGCGUGGCCUCUGCAGAACAGGAUGAACUGUCUCAAAGGCUCGCCAAACUCCGAGAUCAAAUGUAAAGGCUGACUGCAGUGGACUGAGACCGCAAUGCAGAGCUCUAGAACACACAUACGCUACCUGAAUAUCACUCCCAAAUCCCUUUUAUUUACAUCAAGUCUUUUCUCCUCUGUCCGUCUCAUGUGUCUCUGUCGAGGAGCUACUGCAUCAUUGCUUUCAUCACAGAUAAUGUUCCUUGUCGAUUGUGUGUUUAUAAUAACCUUUGGAUACCUUUUAUGUAAUCUAACGGAAACCCUGGUUGUGAAAAAUGUAUGUGUUUCUCAAAUAUACGUAUUUACCAGUGAGGAAGAUCGAAUGUGACAUAAUUGUUUAAUAUGUAUACUUAAGAAGUCCAUGCAUUUUGAAAAGAUUUGAAGUGUAGCAGUUAUUACCCUAUAUUUCUAGGCUGAUUACAUAUACUCAUGGGGAAUAAGCUUAAGGUUUUGGACUGGAAGGAUUCAGUUUUUGGUUCAUAUGUGCAUGAUUGGAGGAAAAACAUAUGCAUUUUCUAUUCUUGGUAUCAGAGUGUGAAAGACCUUCACCCGUGCUGUUGAGUUGACUUCUUGCAUUGAUUUGCUGUCUUUUACUUUACUUUACGAAUAUUUUAAGGAGAUGCUGGACGAUUAUGCGUUUGGUCAUCUACAGUAUGUUCACUAAUCAUUUGGGAAGGGGUUACAGUUUGGAGAUUACAUACAGUAAGCAAAUAAAAAUUUCUAAUACUUUUA